UUCCUUGACCAGUUCUGGAGGAAGGCUGAAGAUGACAGCGGUGGACGCCCUGUCCGACAGCGCCGAGGCAGUAGAGAUGGAGGACGCCUCCACGUCCCAGUUCCAGGUGGAGAAACACUCGUGGGAGGGGCUGCGUGACAUCAUUCACGGCAGCCGGAAGUACACGGGAAUGAUCGUGAAUAAGGCCCCCCACGACUUCCAGUUCGUCCGUAAAACAGAAGAAUCGAGCCCACACUCCCAUCGGCUGUAUUACCUGGGAAUGCCAUACGGAAGCCGGGAAAAUUCUCUCCUGUACUCGGAGAUUCCCAAAAAGGUACGAAAGGAAGCCCUCCUGCUGUUGUCGUGGAAGCAGAUGCUGGAUCAUUUCCAGGCAACUCCGCACCACGGGAUGUACUCCAGGGAGGAAGAGCUGCUGAGGGAACGGAAGCGCCUCGGCGUCUUCGGCAUCACCUCCUAUGACUUCCACCGAGAGAGCGGCCUCUUCCUCUUCCAGGCCAGCAACAGCCUCUUCUACUGUCGAGACGGAGGCCAAAAUGGCUUCAUGAUCUCUCCGAUGAAGCCGCUGGAAAUCCAGACGCAGUGCUCGGGGCCGAGGAUGGACCCCAAAAUCUGUUCGGCGGACCCUUCCUUCUUCUCGUUCAUCAACAACAAUGACCUGUGGGUGGCGAACAUCGAGACGGGGGAAGAACGGCGCCUGACUUUCUGCCAGAAAG